CCCCCCCCCGAGACCGCCACGAUGCCUGUACACGAGAUCGAGGUAGAUUGCGUGCUGUUCGAUAUGGACGGCACGCUGAUUGACUCGACACCGGCGGUGAACCAGACAUGGCGCGAAUUUGCAGAGCAGUACAAUCUUGAUCUGCCGUACGUUAUGGAGCGCUGCCAUGGCUACCGUACAGUGGAGAACCUCAAGCGCUUCAUUCCUAGCAUCACAGACGAGGAGCUCCCAGAGCGGGUGCGGGCCUUCGAGGGGCGCAUCGCCGAGAUUGCUGCGCAGGCCGCAGAGAAGGGUGGGCCGGGAAGAAUCGUGGCUCUGCCCGGGACAAAGAAGCUGCUAGCCGAGAUCUCCUCUGCUUCCCUGGCCAACCCCUCCAUCCGCCCAGGGUGGGCCAUCGUAACCUCAGCCACUGCCGCCUACGGGCACGUGGGUUUCGCCGCCUCUCUCUCCUCCCCCUCUCCCCCUCGCACAUUCAUCACCUCCGAUCAAGUCUCCCGCGGCAAACCCGCUCCAGACCCUUAUCUCCUCGGCGCCAAACAGAGCGGGGCUGAUCCUAAGAGAUGCCUGGUGGUGGAGGAUGCACCCCCGGGGGUAUUGGCGGGAAAGGCGGCAGGAUGUAGGGUGCUGGGGUUGAAGACGACGCAUGAUGUGGGAAGGAUGUGGGAGGCGGGGGCAGACUAUGUCUGUCAGGACCUUAGCGGCGUGUCCGCGCGGUGGGAAGGGGAGAAGCUCUUUAUUACUAUCCAAGGAGAGGAGAAGCAAUAGCGGACGGACUCGCCAGACUUAGACUCUCAUAGACAAAAGACGUUCACUGCAUUGCGCACGUGUUGAAUUAGAUGGUAUUGUCAUGUCUCCCGCCUUGAUCAAUUCAGACGAGACAUGGUAUGCUCUACAGGCCCUGGUAUGACACUUGACACUUCGC